AUGCUCACCCACCGCAACCUCAUAGCUAACGUGCAGCAGCUGCUGGCAGGCACCAACCCGCGCCUGGACCUGUGUGCGGAGGACGUGGUGUUGGGGCUGCUGCCCAUGUUCCACAUCUAUGCCAUCACCCUCGUCAACCUCCUCUCCCUCCGUGGGGGGGCAUGCGUUGUCACUCUCCCCAGGUAUGCUGAGGUCGUCACUCUCCUCCCCAGCCUGCAGUACCAGGGAGCGCUGGUGUUCGACCUGCACCAGUACCUGGGAACUCUGCAGGACUACAAAGUCACCGUCGCCCCCAUCGUGCCGCCCAUCAUCCUCGCAAUGGCCAAGCUGCCCCUCGUUGACUCCUUUGACCUCUCCUCCCUGCGCCGGGUCGUGUCGGGUGCGGCUCCUCUGGGGGCGGAGCUUGAGACUGCCUUUAGGGCGAAAUUCCCCACUGUGCAGUUGGGGCAGGUGGGCAUAGGUUGGGUGCAGCUGGGGCAGGUGGGCAUUGAGUGGGUGCAGCUGGGGCAGGUGGGCAUUGAGUGGGUGCAGCUGGGGCAGGUGGGUGCAGCUAGAGCAGGCAUUUUCGUGUCGGGCGCGGCGCAACUGGGGACAGAGCUUGAGGCCGCCUUCAGAGUGAAAUUCCCCACUGUGCAGCUGGGGCAGGUGGGCAUGUGGCAGGUGGGCAUGGGGCAGGUGGGCAUGGGGCAGGUGGGCAUGGGGCAGGUGGGCAUGGGGCAGGGCUAUGGUAUGACAGAGGCCUUCUGCACUGUCUCCUCCUCACCCCGGUCCUCCCUUCCUCUAGUCUCUGGCUUCCCAUUCACACUGUCCAUUCUCUCGCAAUCUCCCCUCCUGCCCCUCAGGGCUAUGGGCUAUGGUAUGACAGAGGCCUUCUGCACUGUCUCCUCCUCACCCCGGUCCUCCCUUCCUCUAGUCUCUGGCUUCCCAUUCACACUGUCCAUUCUCUCGCAAUCUCCCCUCCUGCCCCUCAGGGCUAUGGGCUAUGGCAUGACAGAGGCCUCUCCCACUGUCACCGCCUCACGCCUAUUCGCCCGCGUGCCUCGCCCGCCUGCUCCCGGGUCGUGUGGGUCGGUGCUGCCGCUGACAGAAGUCAAAGUGGUGCACAUGAGCACGGGGGAGUUGCUGCCUCCGAAUGAGCGAGGAGAGCUCUGGGUGCGAGGGCCACAGGUCAUGAAAGGUGAUCUGAACAAUCCUGAGGCGACGGCAGCCACAAUCACGCCUGACGACUGGCUGCGCACGGGUGAUGUGGCAUAUGUGGAUUGGGCGGAGGGAGAUCUCAUCCCUCUAUUGAUUCUUCGUUCCACUUUUCCCCUCCACCCUUUUGCUGCCUCUUCCAAAGGCUAUUUGAACAAUCCCGAGGCGACGGCAGCCACGAUCACGCCAGACCGCUGGCUGCGCACGGGGGACGUGGCGUUUGUGGACAAGAUGGGGGAGAUCUUCGUGGUGGACCGGGUCAAGGAGCUCAUCAAAGUCAAGGGCUUCCAGGUGCCUCUUGCGGAGCUAGAGGGUCUGCUGAUCGCCCAUCCCGACAUUGCCGAUGCUGCAGUUGUUCCUGCUCCAAGUGAAGAGAGUGGGGAGGUGCCAGUGGCGUUUGUUGUCUUACGUCAAGGUGGCGCUAAGUUGUCAUUAAACGAGGUCAAGGAUUUUAUCAGCAAGCAG